CGGAGCAGCCGCUGCCGCAGCUCCUGCCCCACCGCCGCCAGCCGCGCAGUCCGGCGCGUUUCUCGGGAGGGGGAUUAACGCGGGAAUGCCGGAAGAUACAGUUUCACAACCACAGGCUGUACAUAGCCAACUGGAGAAGCCAUCAAGUACUGCAAUUCUCUGCAAUAACUGUGGAAAACCAUGCAAAGGAGAAGUUUUGAGAGUUCAGAAAAAAUAUUUCCAUAUUAAAUGCUUUGUUUGCAAAGCUUGUGGAUGUGACCUGGCUCAAGGAGGAUUUUUUGUGAGACAGGAAGACUACAUCUGUACUUUGGACUACCAGAGACUUUAUGGCACACGGUGCUUCAGCUGCGAUGAGUUCAUUGAGGGAGAGGUGGUCUCAGCACUGGGCAAAACCUAUCACCCAGACUGUUUCGUGUGUGCUGUCUGCAGGCUGCCUUUUCCUGCAGGCGACCGGGUAACUUUUAAUGGGAAAGAGUGCAUCUGCCAGAAAUGUUCCCUGCCCCCUUUUAGUAGCACCGGCUCCUUCCCUGUACAGAACCUGCGAAAUUGUGGGGGCUGUGGUUCAGAAAUAAAAAAUGGGCAGUCGUUGAUUGCCUUGAACAAACACUGGCAUUUGGGCUGUUUUAAGUGCAAUACAUGCGGCAAGCUACUGAAUGCAGAGUACAUCAGCAAGGAUGGUGUUCCAUACUGCGAAACAGACUAUCAUGCAAAGUUUGGUAUCAGAUGUGACAACUGUGAAAAGUAUAUCACAGGAAGAGUGCUUGAGGCAGGAGAAAAACAUUAUCACCCAACGUGUGCACGAUGUGUCAGGUGCAGUCAGAUGUUUGCAGAAGGCGAAGAAAUGUAUCUUCAAGGUACAUCCAUUUGGCAUCCAGUUUGUAGACAGGCUGCAAAGGCCGAAGAAAAAAACAAGGAAACAAGAACUUCCUCUGAGAGCAUUAUUUCUGUACCUGCUUCAAGUACAUCAGGUUCCCCAAGCCGUGUGAUCUAUGCAAAGCUUGGAGAUGAAAUUCUUGACUACAGGGAUUUGGCUGCUCUUCCUAAAAAUAAAGCCAUCUAUUACAUUGACCGCCCAGAUAUGAUCUCCUAUUCUCCAUAUAUCAGUUACUCUUCCGAUGACAGGCAUAGUUACGGGGAGUCACCUCAGUUGCUCUCUCCAACACCUACUGAGGGUGACCAAGAUGACAGAUCUUCCAAGCAGUACAGAACAUCAAGUCCAAGCUCUGCCGGCUCGCUGGGCUAUGGUCGCUACACUCCAACCUCCCAUUCUCCUCAGCAUUACAGCAGACCAGGCAGUGAAAGUGGUCGGAGCACUCCAAGUUUAUCCAUGUACUCAGACAGCAAAUCUUCACCUUCUGUCUAUCAGCAGGCUCCUAGGCAUUUCCAUAUUCCAGACACUGGCGUAAAAGAUAACAUCUAUAGGAAGCCUCCUAUCUACAAACAGCAUGCAGCAAGAAGAUCAGAUGGAGAGGAUGGAAGUCUGGACCAGGACAGUAAGAAGCUAAAGACCAGCUGGCUUAUCCUGAAAGGGGAUAUGGACACCAGAAUGAAUUCCCCAGAUUCAGACACACGGUCCCUGUCUCUCACUGCCGGAACCGACAGAGAGAACUUUCCGAGGGCACAGGAGGGCAGGACGGCCGGCUACUCCCGAUUUCCAUAUUCUAAAUCUGCUUCUCUACCUGGCUAUGGAAAGAAUGGCUUACAUCAGCCUGAAAAUAUGGGCCACUAUGAAACAGAUCAGGAGACGAGCUGGGGGAUGAAAGAAUACAAGGUAAGAAGGGCUUUCCCAACACUGGAAGAACAAUCAGAUUCAGCACUACCUAGAAAGAUUUAUCCUUAUGAAACACUCAUUGUAACAAAUCGAGUUCGUGUGAAAUUGCCUAAGGAUGUCGACAGGACCAGGCUGGAGAGGCAUUUGUCUCCUGAAGAGUUCCAGGAAGUCUUCAAAAUGAGCAUUGAGGAAUUUGAUCGUCUGGCGCUCUGGAAACGGAAUGACCUGAAGAAAAAGGCUCUGCUUUUCUAGCCCCUCCUGGAUAAAAUAUGUGCUUAAUCAAAACACAAAUAGUCUUGCCAGAACUAUCACAUGCACUUGCUGUUGAACCAUUGUCCAGCUUCAUUGUGUUAGUAUGUGUCAGGGGAAAUGGGACAGAUUAGAUGGCAAUGCGUUGGAAUACAGAGGAUUUGCUAAUCUUGCAUGACCAGCUGGUUUUGUCAGUAACUCCUGGUCCUACCCAGUUUACAACGUGCAAAGAAUCUAGCUUUAAAUUUAUUGUUGCUUGCAGUCAUUGCUCGAUGCAAAUGGAAAUUCAGAGAGGAAGAGAAAAAAAUGUAGCUGUGACAAAGGAAAUACAUCCAACAUUUUGUUCCAUUAAGUUUUACAACAGAAUUUUUACAAAAUCAAGUAAGUAAUUAUAUAAAAUUCCUCAAUGGGGGAUCACAUGCUAUUAAAAACAUGGUAAAAGCCAAAGAAAAGCAUGUUUGCAAGCAGUUAUUGCAAUUGUUUAUGUGUGGUACUUUUUAAGAAUGAAAGCAAAAAUAUGGAAGCACCUUAAUUCUUAUAUUUAGACACAGCCUACUCUCUAAAAGGUCAUAUUUGUCUACAAGGUAACUAGCUAUCUUUAACUACAACAUAAGAGUUUUUAUUUUAUUAAGAAUAUAUUGUGACAUAAAACAGUUAUAAUGACUAAAAUGUAUACAGACCUACCUAAAAAUUUAGUCCCAUUCAUCAGGAAAACUGAAGCCUUAUACAAAACUGGUCUAAGAGUGUUAUUGUGCCAGUUGACUGUGUUUUCCUACUAGUUUGGGGUGUCUGGAGAACUAUUUUUUUUUUACAUUUCAUGCUGAUAAAAAUGCCAUGUAAUCUAAUUAUAUGUAGAUAGAUAUAUCUAUGUAUAAAAUAAUUAUUUUCAUUAAUAUAUGACCUAAGUAAAAACAUUCUUACUUUCUCUGCUUUCUGGCCUUACCUGGUAAGCCAUGAGAACCGUGAUGGCAAUUGGUAGGUGUGGGAAUGGAACAGUUCAGCAUAAAAUGUAAUUAAAAAAGCUUGAUGUGCUCUAUCAAUAAUACAUCCAAUUAUAAUCAAAUAUAUAAAGUCCUCAUGCAUUACUAUUUGCAUGUUUCUGUACAAAUCAAUUAAAAACACCCAAACCUAUGUGAUACUGGGGCAGUACCAUGAAACUAUCUUAAAUAACAAGCAAAGCUAAUAACAAAAUCUAAAGUGUUUGAUAUGAGCGUUAGACAUUAAUAUCUCUUCCAGCUAAAAGACUGUAUUAAAUUUAAUAAUUCCAUAUGGUCAGAAGUAUGGUUGCUGACAAAGAAUGUUUUAAAGUGGGUUGCUAGUUUUGUGUAAUACUAAAAGAGCAUUACAAAAAGUACAUUUUUUCAGCCAUGUGUCAGUAUUCUACAUUUUUAUUGCCUUGAGUGUUUGUACUCACUUCCUACUUCACUAUGUCUUUUUGCAUUUCCUUAAAGUAACUGGCUAAUAUCUGCACUAUGACACACUGUUUCAACUGACCCAGCAUUGGAAAAAUCAUAGCAUUGAACACACCUUCUUCCAACUAACUUUCAAAAUCCAUGCUGUUGGAAAUAAAUAUUUUCUCAUCACCUAAAUGUUUUGUCUGAUGAUACAAAUGUUUAAAAAAAUUCAUUAAAA